AGAAUGAGAAGAAUGAAUAGAAAAAUAACACGAUACUAAGCUGUUAUCAUCGCAUUAUGCAUCAUUCCCCCACUUAUUAGAGCGUUCGUUAUAAUUCUCCCACCCUGCUAUUCUCAAACGUCAUGGACAGCCAUUUUGUUUAAAUAUUUAAUAACAGAGUUCUUAGAAGCAACAUUAAUGUUAUCAUAUAAUUCCAAUACAUUAUUUUGUUUAUUUUGUUUACCACGAAUUUUAAUAAAAUAUGCCAGCCAAAAUAAAAAAUAAUGUUUUAAUAUAUGAAGGUUGUAAUUAUUUACGAUAUCGUUUAUUAUUAUCAACAUUAUCAGGUAAACCUGUACGAAUUACAAAUAUUCGAACUAAAGAUGACAAUCCGGGACUUAAAGAGUAUGAAGUCAAUUUUAUUCGUUUAUUGGAUAAAAUUACAAACGGAUCAAGAAUAGAAUUAAAUGAAACAGGAACUAAUUUGUACUAUAAUCCUGGAUUAUUGAAUGGUGGUGAAUUUGAGCAUGAUUGUAAUAUACAACGAGGUAUUGGUUAUUAUUUGGAAGGAAUUAUGAUAUUAGCUCCAUUUUGUAAAAAUGCUGUAAAUGUAAAACUUAAAGGAAUUACAAAUAAUACAAUAGAUCCAUCUGUAGAUAGAAUUAAAGCAUCUGCUAUACCUAUAUUAAAAAAAUUAUAUCAGGUGAUAAUGAAAUUAUCUUCUAUUAAUAAAAGAGGAGCUGCACCUUUAGGUGGUGGAGAAAUCAAAUUUAAAUGUCCUAUUAGUCGUAAUCUUAGAAGUAUUCAACUUCAAAAUAGUGGAAUGGUAAAAAGAAUAAGAGGUACUGCAUGUAGUAUACGUGUAUCUCCUGCUAUUGGUAAUAGAAUUGUUGAAUCUGUUAAAUGUGUAUUAUUAAAAUUUUUACCAGAUGUCUAUAUUUAUACGGAUCAUUGUAAAGGUGCAUCAAGUGGAAAAUCACCAGGUUUUGGAGUGAGUUUAUCGGCUGAAACAACUUCUGAAGUUGUUUUUGGCGGAGAAGCAUUCUCACCUCUAAUGUCAACAGGUUCUUUACCAUGUGUGCCAGAAGAUAUUGGUAAAGAAGCAGCUAUGAAAUUAAUUGAUGAAAUUUAUAGAAAUGGUUGUGUAGAUUCACCUUUUCAAGCUAUGACUGCAAUGUUUAUGGCAUUGGGUAAGAAAGAUGUUUCUAAAAUUGUAACAGGUCCUUUAACACCAUCAAUGAUACAAUUUUUAAGGGAUUUAAAAGAUUUUUUUGGAGUCAUCUUUAAAAUUGAACCAUUUAAAGAAGACGAUGAAAUAUUAGAACAAGUUGUUUUAACUUGCAUAGGUGUAGGAUAUACUAAUAUAAGUAAACGUACUUUGUAAAAUAUUAUUGUACUUAUUUUUUUUUGUUAAGUAUCAAUUUUAUAAUUGAAAUUUAUAAAUCAUAUAAAUAUAUACAUAUAUUUGUAUAUAAAUUUUAUAUUGUAUAUAAUUUAAUUUUACAAUCUAAAUUAUAUAUUUUUUUAUUUGUAUAAAAUUUAAAAUAUUUUAUAACACAAAUGUUUGCAACUGAAUUGGUUUAGAAGGCCAAUCAUGAAAAAAUUCCGAUUUCAAUGUGUUCCAUAAAUUUUGAUAAUUUUUAGACCAUUUUUUACAAUCUAAAUAAGUAAUUUUUUUAGGAUGUCUUAUAUUACAAUCAAAAUGUUGAUAUUUAUCACAAGUUCGUAAAAAAGUUUCAAAAAGUGCACGUCUGCUUAUGAGUAAAUUGCUACCUUUUUUUUUUUUCGUAGCUCCUUGUUUUCUACCUUCAACUGCUAUUUCAGUAUCACUAAAAAUAAAAAAUUAUUAA